AUGGAUGAGUUCCUGUCUACAGACUUGGUUGCCGACGUCGAUGAGGCCACAGACUUGUUUGGAGCGUCAGAUGCUGGUGACCCGGAAGGUGGUUCUGAUCCAUUAAAAGGGUUCAGGUUACGGUGGUCGAAGAAGAGAAGAGUUGAAGAGGAUGACGUUGUGCCAUCUCCAAGUUUGGUCAAUUCAGAUGCUCUUCCACAGAAUCAGCAACAGGUCUCAGAGCCUCCACUGUCAGCUGCUACUGAGAAGGAUCACACUACGUCUGUCACCAAUGCGUUUUUAACUGGAAUGGAACCUUCAACAAUUGUGUUGCCUUGGGAACAAUCAUGGUUGGCGCCAAUUUUUGGCGAUCCUCUUGCGGCACCAUCGUUGAGUAUGCCAGCAAACUGGAAUGCGCAGCUUCUGGAUCCCAUUGCAGAUGUUUUUCCAGGUGUUGAGGUGCAUCCAAAGGAACCUUUGGUUUUUGCAGUGUCGAAAUGUAUAAAGAACAGGGUUGACAGAUCGUUCAUUGAUGAGCGGGCAGUUCAGACUGACAAGGUGAUUGCGAAACUGAAGUGCUUGUUAGAGGUUGAGCUUGAGUUCAGUGGAGUUGGACGACAACUAAUGAGUGAGGCAACUGAGCAAGGCAGGUAUCACAAGGCGGCCAAGAGUGCUGAAAAGAAAAGUCUUUUAUUGCCAAUCUUGGCAUCGUCGACAGCAGUGGUCCACGACGAUUGGCUAUCAACGUGGCUGAAACUUCGCAGGCGAGCUGGAUUGAAGGUUGCCGGAGUUUUUGAUUGUGCAAUUCAGCCAGCUCCAGACCUCAACCGGGAGGGGGACUCGGACUCCAUCUAUGCUCGGGACCUUGCAGUGGCCCCGGUGAAAGCUCUGCAGCGAGUUCUCACUCUUAUUAGAGAUGGUGAAUUCGAAACAGAUCAACCUAGAGCCGACUUUUUCAAAGGGGCCAAUCCAUUGGCGCCAGGUACGCCAGCACCGGUUUUCCAGCCUGGAACGCCGGCAUUCCUGUCAAAGGAGAUGGGAGUUGAGCAUUGCGCUGCUGCAGGACCGGAAUAUGAAUGGGAGCACAUCACACCAAAGAAGGAGAGUGAGUGCAUAGAGGUUGACAGCGCAAUUCAAGCAUCCGAGAUCGAGGUCCUGUCAUCAUCGGAUUCGUCGUCUUCGACAUCAGGUUGUGAGGACGUCGACUCUGACGUGGAGCAUGAGGUUGAAGUCAGCCAUGACAGGCGUCCACCUGAUGAGGACGAAUUUUCAUUGGAUGCUAUGGUGAAGAAUGGAAGGACAGGUAUCAUACACCGUGUCCCAGACAUUGGUCCGGACAUUUCUGGAUCAAUCUAUGCAAAUGGCGAGCUUCUUCAAAAGAAGACUACGAAAUGUGGAAGGCUUACAUCAGCAGGCUUCAUUGUGGUACAAACAGUGCCAGAUUGGACCGCCAAAUGUCGUGUCUGUUUCAAAGGGUGCCGUGAGCCACCCAAACGUCGUUGA